CUUUGCUUUAUUUGUAUAUUCAUACAUAUAUUCCCUCUGUCUGCCGUUUUUAACAUGUUUCGACCGGGAUGUAUUCGUUGUCUUGAAUGCACCCUUGUCGGACUUCAUUGCCCACAAUGCACCACUAAAGGACGAAAAGUAAACGUCCAAGGUCCAAAUCGUUCCUACCAGAAAAAAGUGCUAAUGAGUGAACUAUAAAUGCAGAUACAGGUGGGCCUGGUUGUGUGUUAGUGUUUCGUGUUCAGCACAGAGGCCUUGGACUGUUGUUUUGUCAGCGCUACUAACCAGCUCGUCGUCUUCUUCAGACAAUCAGCAUGGCAGAGUCGAAAAGAAAGGCAGAGUUGCUGCCUGAAGAUGUUGGCACGGAUGACUGUCUGACUUCAUACACUUACAUCUACAGUCCGGAUUUACUGAAAGACCAGGUUGCUUUUAUCACAGGUGGAGGAUCUGGAAUCGGUCUGCGCAUAGCUGAAAUCUUCAUGAGGCAUGGCUGUGACACAGUGAUUGCCAGCAGGAACUUAGACAAGCUCAAUGAGGCUGCUAAAAAGCUGUCAGCUGUGUCAGGGCGGCGCUGUCUUCCACUGUGUAUCGACGUGAGGCAGCCCGACAGCAUCAUGGCUGCUGUGGAUGAGACCCUGAAAGAGUUUGGCCGUGUGGACAUCCUUGUUAACAAUGCUGCUGGGAACUUCCUCUGCCCUGCUACCGCACUCUCCUUCAAUGCCUUCAAGACCGUUCUGGAUAUAGACACUUUGGGUACAUUCAACACCAGCAAGGUGGUUUAUGAGAAGUGGUUCAAGGAUCAUGGUGGCAGCAUAGUCAACAUUUCUGCAACGCUUGGAUACAGAGGACAGGCCCUGCAGGUGCACGCUGGCUCUGCCAAAGCGGCAAAUGAUGCCAUGACCAAGCACCUGGCUGUGGAGUGGGGGCCCAGUGGAGUGAGAGUCAAUGCUGUGGCUCCAGGUCCUAUCUCUGGGACAGAGGGCUACCGCAGGCUGGGUGGUCCUAGAGGGGAAGCUGCUGGUGCUUUCCAGUCCAUUCCUUUGCAGCGAGCUGGCAACAAGACAGAAAUGGCCCACUGCGCUCUCUUCCUGGCCAGCCGGGCGUCGUCUUACACGACUGGAGCCAUCCUGGUGGCGGAUGGCGGGGCCUGGCUGACCUCAGCCAACGAUUUCUCCAUGCUGUUGGGUAUAGCUUCCUCUAAAUCUGCUAAACUCUGAACGGGGGCUCUCCUUUCCUCCUCCUGACGCCUCCCCCCCCCCCCAGGUUAUUGGUCAACUGAACAGAAAAGAGACAAGUAAUUGCUGAAACAAAGAAAUAUUGCAGCCAUCUGUAGUACUGAAAUGCUACGUGUACAGUAUUUGUAGUUUAUGUAAUCCACUGGUGCCUUAAGUCAGUAUUGAAACUCAUGGAGUUGAACACUAAUGUACUAUAUUUGCUGUACUAUAGUAGUUUACAGUCUCAGAAAUAAAAAAAAAUACUUUAUUACAAAUGACCAACUUUUUUUUUUCUCUCCAUUCCACUGCUGUGUGUAAGUGUGCAUUUAAUGAAAUCAUGUUAAAUAAAAUAUUUGCCUUCUA